GGCGGUGCUUAACGUAUGAGUAAAUGUCUCCACCCCACCUCUAUAGAAAUUUAUCCAGUAAAGCCCACUCACCAUUCGCAUUGAACAUCUUUCUGUCUGACCCCUCGAAGGCCCCUUUACCCCCACCUCUCUCUCUCUCUCUCUCUCUCUCCCACCUCGCGGUGACCCCUUAAUUCUCCUUCCUCCCCGAAGGGGUCGCCCACCGUCUCUCGCUUUCUCAAUCACAAACAAAACCAGAGGCCGCAGCGGCGGCGGCGGCGGCGGCGGCGUCAGCAGCAGCAGAAGAAAAAGGUUGAGAUAGAUGGCGGAGAUGGCGACGACGGCGGCCGAUCCAGAGGGCCUCGACGGUGUUCGCAUGACCUGGAACGUGUGGCCUCGCUCCAAAGUGGACGCUAGUAAGUGCGUGAUCCCACUUGCCGCCUCCAUCUCCCCGAUCCGGCCUUACCCUGAUAUCCCCACCCUCCCCUACGCUCCUCUCCGCUGCAGGACCUGCCCAACCGUUCUAAACCCCUUCUGCCGCGUCGACUUGACCGCCAAAAUAUGGAUCUGCCCCUUCUGCUUCCAGCGCAAUCAAUUUCCCCACCACUACUCCAUGAUCUCCGAUACCAACCUCCCUGCCGAGCUCUAUCCCCAGUACACCACAAUUCAGUACUCUUCCAAUCAAACCAAUAACCCUUCAAAUCUUGAAAAUUCGACACAAUCCGUGUCGCCUGUGUUUUUGUUCGUGCUCGAUACCUGCAUGAUCGAAGAAGAAUUAGGGUUUGUGAAAUUGGCACUGAAACAGGCGAUCGGGCUGUUGCCGGAUAAUGCUCGAGUUGGGUUUGUGUCGUUUGGGACGCAGGUGCAGGUUCACGAAUUGGGCUUUUCUGAUAUGUCGAAGGUGUAUGUGUUUAGGGGAAGCAAGGAGAUCUCGAAGGAGCAGGUUUUGGAACAGUUGGGUCUCGGUGUUGUGGGGCGGAGGACUGCAGCCACAGGAGGAGGGCAUGCUAAGGGCGUGCAGGGUGGGUUUGAGAAUUCUGGGGUCGCAAGGUUCUUGUUGCCGGCUUCUGAUUGCGAGUACACUCUCAAUUCACUGUUGGAUGAGCUACAAACCGAUCAGUGGCCUGUUCCACCUGGAAAUCGGGCAUUGCGAUGCACUGGUGUGGCAUUGAGUGUUGCAGCAAGUUUGGUUGGAGCUUGUUUGCCUGGCACUGGUGCUCGUAUUAUUGCAUUGGUGGGCGGCCCAUGUACAGAAGGCCCUGGGACGAUUGUAUCGAAAGAUCUAUCAGAUCCAGUCCGUUCCCAUAAAGAUCUUGACAAGGAUGCAGCACCUUAUUUUAAGAAAGCAGUUAAAUAUUAUGAUAAUCUUGCAAAGCAGUUGGUCAGCCAGGGCCAUGUUUUAGACCUCUUUGCAUCUGCCCUUGAUCAGGUUGGGGUUGCAGAGAUGAAAGUUACUGUUGAAAGAACUGGUGGCCUUGUUGUUCUUGCUGAGAGUUUUGGUCAUUCUGUAUUUAAAGACUCUUUUAGGCGCAUAUUUGAAGAUGGCGAUGGAUCGCUUGGUCUCUCCUUCAAUGGUACACUUGAGAUCAACUGUUCAAAGGACAUCAAAAUUCAGGGGAUUAUAGGGCCUUGCACAUCUUUGGAGAAGAAAGGACCUGCAGUUGCAGAUACAAGUAUCGGUGAGGGGAAUACCACAGUAUGGAAGAUGUGUGGCCUUGACAAAAGUACCUGCUUGACUGUUUUCUUUGAUUUAUCUGCUAGUGGACAGAGUCCUCCAGCAAAUAUAAAUCCACAGCUGUACAUACAGUUUCUCACAAACUAUCAGAACCAUGAAGGUCAAACAAUGCUUCGAGUUACAACUAUUACUAGAAGAUGGGUAGAUAGUGGUGUUGGCUCUGAGGAAUUGGUCCAAGGAUUUGACCAGGAGACUGCUGCUGUAGUAAUGGCAAGAUUAGCUUCUCUGAAAAUGGAGAUGGAGGAAGGUUUUGAUGCAACACGAUGGUUGGAUCGGUCUUUAAUUCGUCUUUGUUCCAAAUUUGGUGACUAUCGGAAGGAUGAUCCUGCUUCCUUUACGUUAAACCCUUGCUUCUCAUUAUUUCCCCAGUUUAUGUUUAAUUUGCGGCGAUCACAAUUUGUACAAGUUUUUAACAAUAGUCCGGAUGAGACUGCCUAUUUCCGCAUGUUGCUGAACCGGGAAAAUAUAACAAAUGCUGCUGUUAUGAUUCAACCAUCACUAAUAUCAUAUUCAUUCAAUUUGCCACCUGAACCAGCAUUGUUGGAUGUUGCUUCUAUUGCAGCUGAUCGUAUCCUCCUGCUGGAUUCAUAUUUCAGUCUUGUUAUAUUCCAUGGGAUGACUAUAGCUCAGUGGCGUAGUAUGGGUUACCAGAAUCAGCCAGAACACCAGGUGUUUGCACAGCUAUUGCAAGCUCCUCAUGAUGAUGCCCAAAUGAUCAUCCACGAUCGGUUCCCUGUCCCUAGAUUAGUAGUAUGCGAUCAGCAUGGUUCUCAGGCAAGAUUUCUAUUGGCAAAGUUGAAUCCAUCAGCCACGUAUAAUAAUGUUCACGAGAUGGCUGCGGGAUCAGAUGUGAUCUUCACUGAUGAUGUGAGCCUUCAAGUGUUCUUUGAGCAUCUUCAAAGGCUUGCUGUGCAAUCUUGAGGGUAUGCAAAACUUGGGAUAUCAACUGUUAAUUUAUGAGUUGUGUUGUGGAAAUCCCGGAGUGUUGAGUUGUAUAUCACCUCCCAAUUUUAUCCUCAUGGUCCAUUCAGUUCUAUUGCUUUCUUUCCAUCGUUCUUAAGUGGGAGCUGAAACCACACAUUAUUUGAAAAUAAGGAAAGCAAAUAUCAUUUUUUGAGGUGGCGGGAAGGUGUGUGUUUCCUUGCGAGAAUAAGUGACAAAUGUUAUUGUUGGUUGAUAGAGUUACGUGGAAAGAAAAGGUAUGAUGGGAAUUGUAAGUUAAAGAGGUGUCCGUGAUUCAGCAGCAGGGCCAAAGCCAAGCAGGAAGAUAAUAUUGUCAAGCCUUUUUUGUUCCUCCAUUUAUUUUUGUAAGCGGCACAGGUCAGCGAAACAGGCUGUGUAUCUGAAUUUAAUUAUAUACUUGUUGGGCAUUUGUGCCUAGUUUGAAAAGUUCAGCAGUUGACACAUUAUUUUCUUCAGUUUAGUUUUGACUCAUAAUUUUCUUCAAUGAAGUUUUAAAUAUA